AACAAUCUAUACUCUAUAAAUAGGAUGUUGUUAUCUGUCGUUGUGCAUAAUUGAAGAGUAUGUUCAGAUUCCAUGGACGUUUUACAAUGAUACUAUGAAUGAGUUUUACAAUUUUUCUACUUAUUUUUUGUGCAGGAUAGUGAUGCCUUGUCAAUGGCUGAAGGACAAAAUGAAAUGCAAAAGCUUUUCAAGGAAUAUGGCGUGACUCCAUUUACUCUGCUGAAAGGGAUUUUUAUUCAGGGUCCCAUCUUUGUGUCUGAGUCACAAAAAAGACUACCUACAGAAGAUAAAAGUGGUGCUGGUAUCAGAAUUCAUGAUAACAAUGAAGGAGAGGAAUCCGCGGCAAGGGGAAGUGUCACUGGGAGAUUUAAUAUGGCUCAAACUCCUUGGGGAAACAUGGUGGCCUGCAGUGGUAUGCCUAUUGCUGUGGUUGUUUGAUCUAGCAACUAGUUCUCUUUUUCAGCCUUUUAAAGAUUAAUUAGCAUUUGGAGCAGAAUUAUGUAGUUCUGUGGAUUUUAUUUGUCGAUAUUGUUUCAGGUUGUAUUAUUAAUUGUGUUAUUAAUUUAUUAUUUUAAAUUCUAAAACUAAA